AUGCCUUGGAAUCGCAAGCCAUUGGUUAUCAAUAAUGUCGUGUAUUGGUUUAAGAAUGCCCGGGCCGCCCUGAAACGUGUUGAAAUGCGUGGUGGAUUUGGGGGCACGCAGGGUGGUGGCAGUAGUGGUGGUGACAGCAGUGGUGGUGGCAGCAGUGGUGGUGGCAGCAGUGGUGGUGGCAGCAGUAAUGCCCGGGCCGCCCUGAAACGUGUUGAAAUGCGUGGUGGAUUUGGGGGCACGCAGGGUGGUGGCAGUAGUGGUGGUGACAGCAGUGGUGGUGGCAGCAGUGGUGGUGGCAGCAGAUCCCGUUUGCGAUCUUCAUAUUUAUGUUCAAAUCACAAUGCCCGGGCCGCCCUGAAACGUGUUGAAAUGCGUGGUGGAUUUGGGGGCACGCAGGGUGGUGGCAGUAGUGGUGGUGACAGCAGUGGUGGUGGCAGCAGUGGUGGUGGCAGCAGUGGUGGUGGCAGCAGUAAUGCCCGGGCCGCCCUGAAACGUGUUGAAAUGCGUGGUGGAUUUGGGGGCACGCAGGGUGGUGGCAGUAGUGGUGGUGACAGCAGUGGUGGUGGCAGCAGUGGUGGUGGCAGCAGUAAUGCCCGGGCCGCCCUGAAACGUGUUGAAAUGCGUGGUGGAUUUGGGGGCACGCAGGGUGGUGGCAGUAGUGGUGGUGACAGCAGUGGUGGUGGCAGCAGUGUACGAUCCCGUUUGCGAUCUUCAUAUUUAUGUUCAAAUCACGUUCUUCAUAUUUAUGUUCAAAGUUCCUGUACGUCAGUGGUAACGUUGCGCAUUGUCAUACUGCGCUGUAAGCCCCCACCAUUUGGUGAAAUAAAGGAUCAACUUUUAAAACUUUUGGUAUUACAAUCUCAUGCGGAAUUUCGUUCAACCGGUUGUCCACUCGAUGAGAAUGCCCGGGCCGCCCUGAAACGUGUUGAAAUGCGUGGUGGAUUUGGGGGCACGCAGGGUGGUGGCAGUAGUGGUGGUGACAGCAGUGGUGGUGGCAGCAGUGUUAAAAAACGCCAGAAAUCAACAAGCAGCCAGCAGUCAGAUUUAGUAUAA